UGCACCUGAACGCCACAACGGCAGGUUUCGUGGACGGGGAAGAGGACUGUCACUUGCGCUUUGUCUUUAAUAACAUCCUCCUGUGUUUAUCGUUUAAAUUUUAGGCCGCAUCAGACGUGAGACGAUUGAUUUGAUACCGUUAACGUUUUCCAAGACUUAAAUAAGACCUAUUAGCCUUUCUUAUCGCCUCUACUUUUUUUUUUUUUUUUUGAAAAUGCUUCAGUCUCUAGCCAGUAAUUCAUGCGUGCGAUUGAUACAGACUCACAAAUCAACCUGGUAUUUUAUUUCUCUAGUCUUGGGCUAUGUUUUGUAUCUAAUAUUCGGCGCUGUUGUGUUUUCUUCGGUUGAGCUGCCUUAUGAAGACCUUCUGCGCCAAGAGCUGAGGGCCAUUAAAAAACAGUUCCUUCAGGAAAAUGAAUGUCUCUCCGAGGAGCGUCUGGAGCGGUUUCUAAAGAAAGCAUUGGAGGCCAGUAAUUAUGGGGUUUCCAUCCUCAAUAACGCAUCAGUCAACUGGAACUGGGACUUCACCUCUGCGUUGUUUUUCGCCAGCACCGUAUUGUCCACCACAGGUUAUGGUCACACCGCACCACUGUCAGAUGGCGGUAAGGCCUUCUGCAUUAUCUACUCAGUGAUUGGUAUUCCCUUCACCCUCCUCUUCCUCACUGCCGUGGUGCAAAGGAUCAUGGUAUUCAGCACUCGGAGGCCGAUCAUGUACAUCCACACACGCUGGGGUCUUUCCAAACCGCUGGUGGCCAUUGUUCACGCAACCCUGCUAGCCUUGUUGGCCGUCUCUUGCUUCUUCCUCAUUCCCGCCGCAAUCUUCUCAGCGCUGGAGGAGAACUGGAACUUUCUCGAGUCCUUCUACUUCUGCUUCAUCUCCCUCAGCACCAUCGGCCUUGGAGACUAUGUUCCCGGAGAAGCUGCGGAUCAGAAAUUCAGGGAGCUCUACAAAGUGGGAAUCACUGUUUACCUUAUCCUGGGUCUUAUCGUCAUGCUCGUGGUGCUUGAGACCUUCUGUGAGCUGCAGCAACUAAAGCAAUUGAGGAAAAUGUUCUACCUGAAGAAGGAGAAGCCGCAGGACCGCUUGGCCAUUUUGGAGCACGAUCACCUGUCCUUCACGACUGUGUCCAACAGAGCCACAGCCCACAACGAAGACAAAACUCAACCAUUCGUCAGUGUCCCAGCUCUGGCCUCUCCUAACGACGAUCCUAUGAUCCAGUAAACAUCCACAGAGCAAACUCACUUUGAAGAGUCAGUAACUGAAAUAGAAGGUAAUGCACGCAAGACCGAAACUAGAUUCAAUAAGUAGAUCAGUCUUAGAUUAACUGUCGCUUUUUAAGAGUCGGCUCUGCAAAUUUUAAGUAGAGUAAGUUAGCUGAAACUAUCCAGGUAAAGCAAAAUGAGCAAAAGCAAAUCUCCUUUAAAUAUCACAAUAACAAUGUAGUACUAUGUAGCAGAGAAUGAAUUACAUACAAUACAAUAAAAUAAAAUAAUAAGGGAGGAGAUUCACAGAUUAAUCAGUGACCAUAAUAAUAUCACUGACAAAGUAUUUUAGCAUGUAAUUGGUCUCUUAAAAUUUAACUCAAAUACAGAACUAAUUCUAAUUCUCUGUAGUCAGUCAUAAAAUAGUACUUAAAUAUGUAUGCAUCUUAUAAAUAGAGGUGUUUGACAGAUAUGCGGAAAUGUACAUAUUCAGGUACAUGUUUUAAGUUGUACAGUUAAAUGUCGUCUAGAAUCAGCACACCUUACAAAGAUGAAUCAAAACUUUUGUAGUGGAAUAAUUCUAUUUAUAGUUCAGUUAUAACAGGGUACACCGACUCUCUGAUAGACUAGCCAGUUUCUUUUUAAUCAGUGUGUGCAGAUGGCGUGAAAAUAUGAAAUGUGACAGUUAUUGUAGUUAGAACCAACUUGACUAAAAUGUAUUUUUGGCUCAUCUUUAUUAAGGUGUACUGUUCUGGUUGCGCUCCACAAUGUCACAUUUCAUUGUAGGACAAAAUAUUUGUCUGCAAAUAUAUGUAUUUUCUCCACAUGUUGCAGUGCUAUUUCAGAGUUGUCCACAUCUGAUGGGAAGCACUAUAAUUUAUCGAUUUGUCUGAAUGAGCUAUUGUGUACUGGACUGUGCAAAACUGGGAAGUGAGGUUAGUCCGGCUUAAAAAGGGAACCACAAAGGGCUGGCUUGUUCCGUUUUACUGUCAAUACAGGGAGCUCAAUUUGCACAUGUACUGGAGCCAGUUAGUAGUACUAGUAGACUCAAACCGUUUUGGAUUUCUCUGUAAGAAAGGGGAUGUGGUUUCGAAGAUAUUAAUUCCGGUAUUAAAAAAAAAUCUUUGUAAUUUAAACAGUUUUACUUGAUACUUGUUUGAGAGUGAGAAAGACGCAAGAUGUUGAACAGAAGCUUUUUUGCUGUAUUUAUGUAAUUUGAAUGUAGAAGUGUAUAUUUUUAAAUAUGACAUGAGGAACGUUUACUAAUUUCUUUUAUAAUUUUUCGACGGUAAUUGUGUACAGGAAAUUGUACAUGGGGAAAAGUCAUGUAGGAAGAGUGCAGCUAAAACAUUCUGAUAAUCUACAUCAGCUUUUGACUGGCGCAACAUCAAAUGAUUAUAUUCCAUAACUGAUUUAAUUCAGUUCACACACACUUUUGUACGACAGAUUUCACGCCAUGAUUCAUCCUUUAAAGUUCUGCUUGGGGCACAAAAAAAAAAACCACACACACACACACACACAGGGUAGCAUUUCAGUGAUACGACAUUAGUUCUCAAAUACAGAAAAUGUACUGAAGCUCUGAUUAAGUAUCUCUAAAAUGUGGAAAAGCGGAGCUAACAUUCUGACCUCAUUGUCAUAUUAGGACACAUUAGCCUUUUUUGAAGUCUUGAAUGUAAUGCUUUUUUAAUGCUGUGUGGAACCAUGAGAUUCAACGCCUGAAUACAAAGCAGUGCCACUCCUUGCUGCUCUGUCUGUGUUUAUUUAGUAGUGAUAUAUUUAUUGGACACAGUGUACAGAGGUGAGUUGUGGCAGGGCGUCAUGGCUGCUUGUAAAUGUUAGACGCUGAUCUCUAAUACUGUAUUGGAGUGCAUUUUCUUCACCAGUCUGGGCCUUCAUGUAAACUGUGAAACAUUAAUGUUGUGUUCAUGUCGUCUGCUUACAAAAAGGAGAACUUGAAUUCUUCUAAGUUAGGUUUUCUUUGUUAACGUACCAUGUACUUGAUACCAGAUUAAUGUCAAAGCUUUGAACCCUUCAGCAUUACUGUUUUCAGCAGUGUUUAUCAUUGUGCACAUGCAGUUUGUCUUGAGGGUGCCAGGUAAAGUCAUUACAGUUCUGUUCAGGGAGUCAAUAAAUUUUGUGUCAAGGAUUACAAAUGGACAUAUUCUGAUGUUAUUUAUUUAUGCUUAAAGUAAAACUGGAAUAUUUGGAAUCGUUAAUUAAUGUACAUAUGUUUCAGUUGCUCGGAUGCAUUGGUAUGUAUGCACAGUUGAGUAUUUUAAAGUUACAAUGUUGAUACUGUAAUACAGGAUAGUCAUGCAGCACCACUUAUAUGUGAAAUUCAUUUCAGCAUAAGGAAUGAAUACAUGGACUGUAAAAUAUCAGUGUGUCCUCAAUAAAGUGUUGGUUUGUUAAUACUAAA